CUGUCCCAAAAGAAAAAAAAAAAAAAAAAAAUUCUAACAAAGUAGACUAAAAACACUAUCCCUUUUCCUCUCCAUUUCUUGCUUCUCCUCUCCCUCUUCCUGACCAGUAAUGGAAGCCCUAGGAAGAGAUCAAUACGUAUACUUGGCAAAACUAGCUGAACAAGCUGAAAGAUAUGAAGAAAUGGUGAAAUACUUAGAGAAACUAGUGGUUGGUUAUUCAACAUCAACAACUGAACUCUCAGUUGAAGAAAGGAAUUUACUCUCAGUUGCUUAUAAGAACGUGAUUGGAUCUCUUCGUGCUGCUUGGAGAAUUGUAUCAUCAAUUGAACAGAAAGAAGAAAGUAGGAAAAAUGAUGAUCAUGUUGUUCUUGUGAAAGAUUAUAGAUCUAAUUUGGAAUCUGAAUUGACUGAUGUUUGUGAAGGGAUAUUGAAAUUGUUAGAUUCUCAUCUUAUUCCUUGUGCUUCUUCAAGUGAAUCCAAGGUUUUUUAUUAUAAGAUGAAAGGUGAUUAUCAUAGGUAUCUAGCUGAAUUUAAAGUUGGUGCUGAAAGGAAAGAAGCUGCUGAAGAUACUAUGCUUGCUUACAAAGCUGCUCAGGAAAUUGCUAUGGCCGAACUUGCUCCAACGCAUCCAAUUAGAUUGGGGUUGGCUCUUAAUUACUCUGUUUUCUACUAUGAGAUUCUCAAUUCAUCCGAGAAAGCAUGUAGCAUGGCCAAACAGGCCUUUGAAGAAGCCAUUGCUGAGCUGGACACUCUAGGUGAGGAAUCGUACAAGGACAGCACCCUCAUCAUGCAACUUCUGAGGGAUAAUCUCACUCUUUGGACUUCUGAUAUGCAGGAUCAGUUGGAUGAAGCUUCCAUGAUUAGCUAAGAUACAGGCUUCUCAUGUGGAAGGUGUGGGGAUUGAGUGUCAUUUAUCUGUAACUACUGUUGUUAUUGUUAAUGAAAUGUGCUUUCCAUGGGGGAGCGAUAAACGACCUAUGUAACUAUUCCUAAUAUCUGCGCUGACUCUGGCUUUUAAGUUGAAUGAAAACAAAGCUUUCUAGUGGGUAAUUGUUAUUGGUUGCUCGUAAAAAAGCAUCAUCAGUU